AUGAGGUUCAUGCAGGAUUUUAUUUGGGAUCUUUCACCGCAAAGGGAGCAAUUAGCCAUGGAAAAUCCAAUGAAAAAGCCUCAUGCAAUUUGCAUCCCAUAUCCAGUUCAAAGCCAUAUUAGCGCAAUGCUAAAGUUGGCCAAACUUCUACACCAGAAAGGCUUCCAUAUAACCUUUGUUCACACAGAAUACAACUAUAAUCGUAUACUCAAAGCACGAGGUCCCAAAUCUUUGAUUGGUACAGCCGAUUUCAAUUUUGAGACCAUCCCAGAUGGCCUUCCACCAGCUGAAAAUGAUGAUGUUACCCAAGAUGUUUUCCAGCUUUGUCUUUCAACUUCCAAAACCUGUUAUGUUCCAUUCUGCAAUCUACUCAAAAAACUCAACAAUAGGGCUUCAAUGGAUGAUCAGUUUCCUCCUGUAAGUUGUGUAAUCUCUGAUGGUUUCAUGUCGUUCACGCUCGAGGCAGCUGAAGAAUUGGGGAUUCCAAAUUUGUUGUUUUGGCCCUUCAGUGCAUUAACUGUGAUGUGCCUCCUACACUUUCCUCAUCUUCGUGAACGAGGUUUUACACCACUUAAAGAUGACAGCUAUUUUACUAAUGGAUACAUGGAAAACACUAUUGAUUGGAUUCCUGGAAUCGAUAUCAUCCGUUUAAGAGAUAUCCCAACCGUAAUUUGGGCGACUGAUCCCAAGGACGAAUUUUUGGAAUGGGUAGUGAAAAUAAUGCCAAGAACUUACAAGAGUUCUGGUAUCAUUCUGAACACUUUUGACACCCUAGAAUAUGAUGUACUGAAGCAACUUUCGAACAUGAUUGAUCAUGUAUACUCCCUUGGACCAAUUCACUUGCUUCUCAAAGAUAUACAAAAAAGUGAUCAUUCCGCUGAAUCCAUUCAAUCCAAUCUAUGGAAAGAAGAUGAAAAUUGCAUUGAAUGGCUCAAUUCCAAGAAGCAAGGAUCAGUUGCCUACAUAAACUUUGGUAGCAUAACAGUGAUGACUGAAGAUCAAUUGGGUGAGUUUGCAUGGGGACUUGCUAAUAGCAUGCAAAACUUUUUGUGGAUUAUCAGGCCUGAUCUCGUGACAGGAGAGCAAAUUGUUCUCCCACCCGAAUUUGCGGUUGCAACGAAGGAUAAAGGGAUGUUAGCAACAUGGUGCAAUCAAGAGCUUGUUCUAAAUCAUCCCUCUAUAGGUGUAUUUUUAACACAUUGUGGGUGGAAUUCUGUGCUUGAGAGCUUGUGUGCUGGAGUGCCAAUGAUUUGCUGGCCAUUUUUCGCAGAUCAACUCACUAAUCGCCUGUGUUGUUGCACUCACUGGGGUGUUGCUGUGGAGAUAGACAGUAAUGUGGAUAGAUUGGAGGUAGAGAAGGUGGUAAGAGACUUAAUGGAGGGAAAGAAGGGCAAGGAACUGCAGCAAAAAGUUUGGGAAUGGAAGAACAAAGCUGAAGAGGCAAUAAGGCCAUCUAUUGGAUCUUCAUACUUGAAUUUGGAUAAAAUGAUUGAAAAUGUGCUUCAAUCCCCAAAUACUACAUCUUUUGGUUAA